AUGGCGCCCUCCAAGCAACCUGCGGUGCCCCCCUACUCCAAGGACGAGAAGGUCCUCUGCUUCCACGGUGACCUGAUGUACGAGGCCAAGGUAACCGAUGUCCGCUCAGCCACUGACCCCAACAACCACAACCCCAAGGCCGACGACGCCCAGUACCGCGUGCACUACAAGGGCUGGAAGGCUUCUUGGGACGACUGGGUCAGCCAGGACCGAAUUCGGAAAUUCACCGACGAUAACAAGGCCCUCGCUGCGCAGUUGCAGCAGGCUGCCCGCCAGAGAGUGGCCGGAGGCUCCAAGAGCGCCAAGAAGGCCAUCGGCAAGGCGGUCGGAGGACCAUCUGGCAACGGGCGGGAGAGUGAGAUGAGUUCGGCCCGGGGCAGUGAAGAACGUACUGCGGGAAACUCGUUUGCGGCUCGCGGAGCAAGACGGGGUAGGGAUUACGAGCUGGAUAAUGGUACUGGAUAA